AAAUAUCCUCAGAACUCAAUUCGAUCAACGACCGAGCAGUAUUCACAAUGUAUUCUGCCAAGCAAAUCUCACUUGUGGCGCUCGUCAUUGCCCAGCUUUUGGGUGCCAUUCAGUGUGGCAUCUACGACUAUACAGAUACUUGGGUUCUCUCCGACAAGACCAAGAACUUCCCGGACAACGCUGUUCUUGGUGGAUUCGAUCCCAAUGGAUACGACAACUUCGUGGGACGCGUUGUCUACAGUUCCUCCAUUCUGCCCGCUCGCAUUGUGGCCGAGACUGGAAGUGCAACCUACAAUACUGAAAGCCUUGCGAAUACUGCAACUUCAUACGAAUUGUUAGUGGCCAAUGACACCAUGAGCUAUCACUGGAUACACAGCUACGAUGGCUACAGGGAGAAGAAUGCCGUCUCAGUGGGAACGAGCUACACCAACGAACGUGUCUAUGUUUGCCGCUGCCGAACUGAUGGAGCUCUCUUCAUUGGAACUCUUUAUCCCGCACAAAGAACUUGCAUUGUUCGCUAUGGAAAUCUUCCUUUGAGACAGUUGGAAAAAUAUGAAGUGCUGGUACGCAAAACCAAACUAGCCAAGUUGCAGCCACUUCUUGUUCAAAAUUAAAUAAAAAUUAAACUGCAUAAUAUUAUUUAAAA